AUGGUGGUGUGUGCAGGUUUCAGUGAGACGGUUGUUGACCGCUCCUGUUUAGACACGAUAGACGACUCAUCUCCAGAGUUCACCAACUUCGUCUCCAUCCUGGAACAGAUCCUCAGUCACAGACUGAAAGAAUGUAGCACUCAUUCUCUCUCUCUUCUUUCUAUCUCCCCUCCCUUCUCCCAGGUCGACUAGUGGUUUGGUUAUGAGACUCAUCGUAGUUUCUGGGACUAUGUGAAAGCCUGCAGUAAAGUCUCUCACAGCUGCAUCCACAGCAUUGAGAGCAUGGAGAAUGUACGCUCCUCCAGAGCUAAGGGUCGGGCGUGGAUCAGGCUGGUGCUGAUGGAGAAGAGGUUGUCUGAGUACAUCUCCUCCGCCCUGAGGGACUUAAAAACCACCAGGAGAUGGUAUGAGGAUGGGGCCAUCAUGCUAGGUGAGGAGGCGGGGCUGCUAGCAGAUACACUCAUCGGUCUCAACACCGUUGACUUCAGCUUCUGUCUGAAAGGGGAGGGGCUGAAUGGAAGCUGCCCAGCGGUGAUUGACUAUACGCCCUAUCUGAAGUCGAUUCAGAGAGAAAACAGCAUCAGCAGUGAUGAGGAGGAGUUGAGGACCCUGGGGAGCAGCGGCAGCGAGAAGAACACCCCUGAAAAGAUGGCCGCCAGCACUGCMGAGGCCAUCUUAACUGAGCAGAGCAGCUGGGUCUGCAGGUGUAAAAGACUCGAGCAGAAAUACCYCAUGGCACUGGAACAGAAGUGUUAUCUGGAAGAGAUGGUUCGUCUGAGAGAGGCCCAGCUGUCUCAAGUGAUUCCUCAGAACAAAGCUCUUCAGCAGAGACUAACAGACACACACCUCUCACACACACUGGAGAAGGAACAACUAACUAAUAACAUCGUACUGGAGCUCCAGGACCACCUGARAGUGCUGAAGAACCAUGACUUGAGGUCUAGACAAGAACUGACCGCACAUCUGACCAAUCAGUGGCCUUCACCCGGGGCCUUGGAUACCAUGCUGUACAGGAAUAGGGUGGGGCAGUGGGAGGAGAAGAAUUUCCAGAGUCUAGAGCAGCUGUCCCAGACCUCUCUGGAGCCCUCACACACACUCAACCUGGACACUAGACCAGCCAGCUCACACUGGCACCACCAUGGGAAGGAGGACACCUCCUCUCUGAUAGGUCUGUGUGGGUCUCUGCAGUCAGUAGCCAGCAAUAAGUCACUGGCCAGCCUGAAGUCCAGUGAGUGUCUAGCCAGCCCCACCACAGAUGACCAGUCCUGACCUCACCCUGUCCUAGAACAAGAGACCCAGCACAUGGUUUGGAGAAAGAGAGCCAGAUUUGGAUCCUGGAAUUGGAACUCAGCCUUUUUAAAUAACAUUCCACCCCAUCCCGUCCUAAACCCAGAGGUCUAACUUCGUCCCCAGGCUCAAUUCAUAGAUUACCAGAGAUGCAACACAGGUCGUAGAAUCAGACAACUGUGCAUAGAGAUUUAUUUAUUGGAAUUUCUAUGACUAAAUCACAUGGAAUCUGGAUCCAGGAACUCUUGAGUUUUUAAAAAGAAAUAUUGAAGGAACUCAUAGCUCAAAACAUGGGAGCCGCAGUCAAUCAUUUGGAAUUUACAACCCGAACUGACCCUGGAACCAGCGCUUCAGUAGUCAGUCCUUCAAUGUAAGCGCAGAGCCGUUGGAAAAACCAGGACUAUAUUGACCAGGACCGACCCCAUGUUUAUUUAUUAGUUUGUUGUAUAUCUGCACUGAUGMGAAAACUGCAUAGUUGAAAGCCAGUUCCGGGUAGGCAUACUGUUGUCACCUAUCUUAUGUGUUCAGAUCACUGCAGACCAAGGAGAACGCCACUUGACACUAUCGACCAGACCUUUUGUGUCACUUAAAGGACUCCUCAUGAUGUAAACAUGCUCAGCAUCCCAGAGAUUGACAAAACUUGAGGAAUGGCUUUCUUUAGGAUUUAUUUAGGGAUGGGUAAGGAGUGUUGAAGUUUAGGGUUUGUUGUUUCUCAACCGUGUUAAAGCCUGUAGACUAGUGGUUCUGUUCAUGCCUCAUCAACUUGCAGGUGUUGUCCUGUUACCCUGGCAACUUAAGUGAGCUCUACUAUAGAUGGCCAUGGUGGGUCCGACUCAGCGGCCAAAGAAAUACAACUCAAAGAACGGAUAUAUUUAGGUAUUGUAUUCCUGCCAGAGGACUGGACUAUCCUCAUUAUUUAUAAUGUUGGAAGGGCCUUGAAAUAUCUAGAGGAGAACCGUGUUGCUUUUCUGUUUUCUGUUUCUACGGUCAAUCCUCUGUGGUACUUGACUUGCAGCCAUAAUCAUAUUAUUGAUGGCAUUGGACGUAUUCUUAUAAACGAUCAAAAUAAAG